AUGUCUACUCCGGCCAGAAGACGUCUCAUGAGAGAUUUCAAGAGAAUGCAAAGCGACCCCCCAGCUGGAUUGAAUGCUUCUCCAUUACCUGACAAUGUUAUGAUAUGGAAUGCUGUUAUCAUUGGGCCAGCUGACACUCCAUUUGAAGAUGGUACUUUCAGAUUGUCCUUGAAGUUCGAUGAACAGUACCCCAAUAAACCUCCAUCAGUGAAGUUUUUGUCCGAAAUGUUUCAUCCAAAUGUCUACAAUUCUGGUGAAUUGUGUCUUGAUAUUUUACAAAAUAGGUGGUCUCCUACCUAUGAUGUCUCCUCAAUAUUAACCUCUAUCCAAUCUUUAUUAAAUGAUCCAAACAUCGCUAGUCCUGCUAACGUUGAAGCCGCCAAUCUUUAUAAAGAUCAUAGGUCUCAAUACACCAAAAGAGUUAGACAAACAGUUGAAAAAAGCUGGGAGGAAGAUAUUGGAUUGGACGAUGAUGUUGAAGAUAUAUCUUCAGAU